CAGGGAGGGCUAAUGGCUGUGUCCAAGCAGCUCCACCUGGAGCUGGAGGAAGCGGAGAGCUCUGAGGCAUGAGAAGACCAAGGGCAGAAGGAGGUCCCCACGCAGAGGCUGUGGCUCAGCUAGUCCAGGCUACAAUCCCCUGGGGCAGGGCUGGGGGGCAACCAGCAGAGACAGAGGUCGGGGGCUGGGGAGAGUACAAGCAGCAGAAGGUCUCAAGGCUGCUGGAGAAGCAGCAGCAAUCCGUGUGAGGUCCUGCUCGUCAGAGUCCUCACCUGCAGUGCUGUGUCCGGCUGUGGAGCAUCCAACACAAGGACCUGGUCCUGGACCUGGAGGAGUAGCAGCACAGCCCUCAGAGCCACCGGUAAGGCCGGUGGCAGCAGUGCGGUGAGUGGCAGCAGCUGCCGCAGCGCCGUCGCUCCACGAGGCCAGGCAGAGCUCUCAAAGGAGCUUUUGUUGACGGAAGCAGUGGGGGGGUUGGAGCCGAGAGAGCAGGGCGGGGAUCGGAGCUAUCGCGGCAGUGUUAAAGCCGCGCCGGGAUCUCGUCCUCGCAGCUUCCGGGCUCCAUUGUUGGGCGGCCCCAGGCUCCCUCCCGCCCCGUCCGGGCCCGGGUGGUGGCAGCGGGCAGAGAUCCCCCCCAGUAUGGAGCCGCAGAAGGAGCUGGGGCAGAGCCGCGCCGGGAGCGAAACGCAGCAGGAAGAGAAGGAGGAGGAGGAAAAAGAGAAAGAGGAGGAGGUGAAAGAGGCGGCAGAAGAGAAAGAGCAGCAGGAGGAAGGUGAAGGUAAAGCUGCCGCGGAGCCCUGUGUGCCAGGCGAGCAGUGCCCCGAGUGCGGGCAGAGCCUCCCGCCCGGCUGGCAGCCGGGGAAGCAGGAGUGCCCCCAGCCUGGCACCCAGUGCUUCAUCUGCACCCACUGCGGCCAGAGGCGCUCCAGCCUCCGGCGGCGGCAGCAGGAAGGCGCCCAGGCGGGCCCCAAGCUUGGUAUGGUGUGCGAUGAGUGUGGCCAGAGCUUUGCCAGCAUCAUUGGUCUCGCGGAGCACCUCGAAAUCCAUGCUGGGAAGAAACGGUUUCCCUGUGGAGAGUGUGGCAAGAGAUUUGCCCGCAGGUCUGGUCUCAGGAGGCACCUCAACAUCCAUGCUGGGAAUAAACCGUUCUCCUGCCGUGAAUGUGGCAAGAGCUUUGCCAGCAGCACUGGUCUUACGGAGCAUCUCAACAUCCAUGCUGGGAAGAAACCGUUCUCCUGCCGUGAAUGUGGCAAGAGCUUUGCCAGCAGGUCUGGUCUCAGCCGCCAUCUCAACAUCCAUUCUGGGGAGAAACGGUUUUCCUGUCGUGAGUGUGGCAAGAGCUUUGUCAGCAGCUCUGGCCUUAGCCAGCACCGCAACAUCCAUGCUGAGGAGAAACCGUUCUCCUGCUGCGAAUGUGGCAAGAGCUUUGCCAGCAGCUCUGGCCUUAACCAGCACCGCUACACCCAUGCUGAGGAGAAACAGUUCCCCUGCCGUGAGUGUGGCAAGAGCUUCACCACCAGCACUGCUCUAACCCAGCACUGGCAUGUCCACACCGGGGAGAAGCCUCACAGCUGCAGUGUCUGUGGCAAGAGAUUCACAACCCGCUUUAGUCUCCUGGAGCACUUGAACCUCCAUGCAGGGGUGAAGCCAUACACCUGUAGUGUCUGUGGCAAGAGCUUUACCCACAGGUCGACUCUCAUGCAGCACCGAUGGAUCCACAGUGAGGUGAAGCCGUACAGCUGCAGUGACUGCGGCAAGGGUUUCCUGUACAAGGUCCAACUGACCAAGCACGAACGGCGCUGCAGCCACCAGGAGAUGAAGAGCUCCAGCAAACCUUCCAGGGGUCCCCUCAGCCAGGGCCAUGAGCAGGAGGAUCAGGAAAGGGAGAAAGAGCAGCAGGAGGAAGGUGAAGCUAAAGGUGUCGUGGACCCCUCCGUGCCAGACGAGCAGUGCCCCAUGGAGCAGCAGGGAGGCGCCCAGCCAGGCACCAAGCUGCAGUUGGGCUGCAGUGGGAGUGGCAACUGCUUUGCCAGCAGCUCUGCCCUCAGCCUGCUCCAGCAACUCCAGCCUAGGAAGAAGUUCCCCUGCAGUGACUGCAGCAAGAGCUUUAGCAGCAAAAUGGCUCUGAGAUUUCACCGCAACAUGCACGCUGGGGAGAAGCCUUACAGCUGUGACGAGUGUGGCAAGAGCUAUGCCAGCAGCUCUACUCUCAGACUGCACCGCCAAAACCAUGCUGUGAAUAAGAAGUUCCCCUGUGACAAGUGUGGCAAGAGCUUCGCCGUCAGUUCCUACCUUCUCCGUCACCGCCUUACCCACACCGGGGAGAAGCCGUACAGCUGCGAUGUCUGCGGCAAGAGCUUUGUCCACAUCUCUGCUCUCAACUGUCACCGUCUCCUCCACACCGGGGAGAAGCCGUACAGCUGCGGUGACUGCGGCAAGAGCUUUAUCCACAUCUCUGCUCUCAACCGUCACCGUCUCCUCCACACCGGGGUGAGGCCGUACAGCUGUGGUGAGUGCGGCAAGAGCUUUGUCCACAUCUCUGCUCUCAAGCGUCACCGUCUCCUCCACACCGGGGUGAGGCCGUACAGCUGUGAUGACUGCGGCAAGGGCUUCAGGAGCACCACUGACCUCAAAAUGCACCAUUGCACUCACACCAGGGAGAAGCCUUCCACUGCGGUGAAUGUGGCAAGAGCUUCACCACCAAUGACAGGCUGAUCACUCACCGCUUGAGCCACGCCAGGGGGAUGCCAUAGAUCUGCAGUGACUGUGGCAAGAGCUUUCUCUACAGGCACGCUCUCACUCGUCACCGCUUCGUCCACACCAGGCUGGACCCAUUCAGCUGCACUGAGUGCGGCAAGACCUUCGGCAGCAUCACCAAUCUCAAAGUUCAGCACCGCAUUCACACCGGGGAGAAGCUGUAGAGCUGUGGUGACCGUGGCCAGAGCUUUGCCAGCAGCUGUGGUCUCAGCUCUCACUGUCACCUUCACACCGGGGAGAAGCCGUAAGGCCGUGGGCACUGUGGUAAGAGCUCCUGGUACGAGCGCGACCUGGACCUGCCCCUGCGCAGCCGCAGCCACCAGAAGGAGAUAGGAUAAGAGAAUCAUCGUGGCUGGAACAGGACCUCAAGGACCAUCCGGUCCCAGCGCCCUACCCCUGCCAUGGGCAGGGACUCCUCGCUAUGCUUCCAAUGGUUCCCUGCUCCCAGUGCCACCGGGAGGUGCCCAGCGGCCAUGGCGCCCUCCUGGUAAUGCUGGUGCCAGGGAGGGCUGCCAGUGGAGGCAGAACUUCACCUGGGGUUUUGGUGCCCGGGGAUGUGGGGUGGCUGCACCAGUAACGCCAGCUGCUGCCGUGCCAUGCCCAGCCACAGCCCUGAAACGUGCCUUGUUUGGGGGAGGGGAAUCAGAGGGCUGGGGCCCAAAGCGGUCUCCGUAGGCCCUGCUAGGUGAUGUCACCAUCAUCACCGUCACCAAUCCUCACCAAGACCAGCACUGGCUUGGUACACACUCAGGGAUGAAGCAACUGUUGCAUGUGGCUGCAAGUCAGGGACUCCAUGGAAAAUGUGCCUGGAGCAGGGAACAGUCCCAAUAAAAGACUUCCCAAGGC